AUGAUUGGAACCGUCUUAUGUCUACUAUUAGUUGCAUACGCUAAUGCACAAUCACAAACAUUUUCAUCAGAGGAAUGUGGUUUGAGAUCAAUUGUAAAUAAGAUUGUGGGUGGUGUAGUAGCCAAAGUCGGUGAUUGUGCUGAACCUUUCAAUGAAUAUAUUCUCCCUGUAUGUUUUCCGCAACAAACAGAUGAUUUUCAACUUCAACAAUCUAUUGCAACUGGAUGGGGUUCAACUUAUUCCGGUGGAUCAGUAACACGUUAUCUUUAUGAAGUCCAGAUGCCUAUAUUGGAUGAUAACGCAUGUCUAGCUAAAUUUGGUGGCACAAAUAACAUGUUAAAUCCACUCUCACAAGUAUGCGCUGGACAUACCGGUGAAAAUAAAGACACAUGUUACGGUGACUCAGGUAGACCAUUAGUUAGUGAAUUAAAUAACAGGUGGUUUCUUGUUGGUAUUACAUCAUGGGGUUAUGGAUGCGGUUAUAGUUUAAGUUACAGCAAGAUAUCUUUGACUGCAAUGACACAGAUAAUAACUCGUCAACCAAAAUAUUUGGAAAGUAUGUUUUCUACAAUUCCCAACGAAGACGUAUUUCGUGUGUACAGAAAAAGACACGGUUGUUGUGGUAUGGGUGGGACUGAUACUACAACCGUCACUAAUGCCAGACUACUAAAAAGAUUUGAAGAGUGGCGAUGUUGUGGUCGCGGAACAUCCGAAGAUACUAUGAUAUUUUUAAAAGAUAUUCAGCUAUUAUCACAGGUUAAUCCACGACGACGCUGUAAUUUGUCUUCUUGGCUGUUAGCAUGUUUCACAUGUACAUGGCCAUGUUAUUUGUGCUGUGUUAUGUGCUGUCGACGAAGAACAAGAGUCAUCGAAGUUCGAGGCGCGUUUGGUACCGAGGAAUUUUUGAUACCUUACGUAGAUGUUCGUGAUGCUUGUGCACAAAUACCAGCUGCUGCGGCGUUCAGCUACAAAGCACGAAAUUACAUAUAA